UCUUUUUAGACGGUGGUUAAUGCACUUUUUGGGGUUGUUUUAUUGUCUAUAAAUAUUUUAAAAAAAACUUCUCAGUUUUGUUGAAAUAUUUUCAAAGGAGAAAGAAUGGAAGGAAAAAAUAAGCAAAAGGGUAUUUCUUCUUCACCUUGUUCUGAGCUCUUUGGGUCUAAACAAUGUCACUCAUCGUCUUCUUCUUCUCCUGGAAUUUAUGGUUCCAUUUUUUCUACUCAAUCACCUAAGAUUUUAGGGAGACAAUCUGUGCGAUCUGAAGUGAGUAGCAAAACAACAAAUGAUACAUUGAACACCAAAACUGUUACUCAAGAAAGCAUCUUUAAAGACAAUGGUGGUGAAGCUCACAAAACAAAAAAGACUGAUAUGAGUUGGCUCUAUAAGGGUCAAAGAGCUCACCCAUGUCACCUUAGUUCAUCAAUCUAUUAUGGUGGCCAAGACAUAUAUCCUAUUCCUCAAAGUACUCAAAAUGCUGCAUUCAACUCCAAACACAAGAAUCCUGGAGGAGAAGAUGAUUCUCAUAUGGCUACAAGAGGGGACUGGUGGCAGGGAAGUCUCUAUUAUUGAAAUCAUCCUUGUCAACUCUAGGCAUAUGCUUCAUCAGGUACAUGGCAUUAUAGUCAAUCUAGUUAUAUGGAUGAACCUAAAGAGGGGUUAGAACAUUAUGGACGGUUAGAUGUGUUUGCAAGCCAAACAUAUGAAUCAUCUAUAAUAUGAAUUUAUAUUCUUCAUUUGCAACUUUUUCAUUUACAAUUAAUAAUUUGGUGAUCCAAUAAGAAUUUGAUGUAGUACUAGUUUUCCCUUUACUUUGUGUUUCAACAAUGAUUACUCAUAUAAAUUUCUACAUUAAUUGCUCUUAUGUGGCCAAAUCAAAUUCAUUCACCAUAAUUGGAGAUUGGGGAAAUCAUCUUCACUAGUUUCCUAAGCUUGUACCUUUUCCCCUGAAAAAAUGCAUCUUAGUGUUCUUUCUCUCA